CCCCUCCUUCCUCAGGGAAGAGACACCGGAAGCCAUAACUCUCUUCUCUUUCUUUGCCUUUAUCCACCACCGUUAUCUCCGCCCACCUCCGCCACCGGAGCAUCCACAUGGGGUCGUACUCGAUGCCGGAGGAGACCACUUUCCGGUCGAAGUUGCCGGACAUCGACAUCAACAACCGCCGACCGCUUCACGCCUACUGUUUCGAGCGGUUGGCCGACUUCGCUGACCGCCCCUGCAUCAUCGAUGGCGCCAGCGGCGCCGUCAUGAGCUACGCCGACGUCGACAUCGCCGCCCGCCGCGCAGCCGCCGGCCUGCACCGCCUCGGCGUCGGGCGGGGGCAGGUCAUCAUGAUCCUCCUCCGAAACUCCCCUGAGUUCGUCCUCGCCUUCCUCGCUGCCUCCCACUGCGGCGCCGUCGCCACCACCGCCAACCCCUUCUACACCCCGGCCGAGAUCCACAAGCAGGCCGCGGCCUCGGGAGCCCGCGUGAUCGUCACCGAGUCCUGCUACGUCGACAAAGUCCGCGAGUUCGCGCAGGAGCGGGGUGUCACCAUCGUGUGCGCCGACGGGCCUUCCGAGGGCUGUCGCCACUUCUCUGAGCUCCUGGACGCCGACGAGCGCGACCUCCAUGAGGUCGACAUCGACCCCGACGACGUGGUGGCGCUGCCGUACUCGUCGGGGACGACCGGGCUGCCCAAGGGUGUCAUGCUGACCCACCGGAGCUUGAUCACCAGCGUGGCCCAGCAGGUCGACGGCGACAAUCCCAACCUCUACUUCCACAAGGAGGACGUGCUGCUGUGCGUGCUGCCUCUGUUCCACAUCUACUCUCUGAACUCGGUGCUGCUGUGCGGGCUCCGGGUGGGCGCCGCCAUCCUGAUUAUGAGGAAGUUCGAGAUAUCGGCCAUGCUGGAGCUGGUUCAGCGGUACCGCGUGACGGUCGCGCCGCUCGUGCCGCCGAUCGUGCUGGAUUUCGUCAAGAGCCCGCUGGUCGACAGCUACGACUUGUCCUCGAUAAGGACGGUGAUGUCGGGGGCGGCGCCGAUGGGGAAGGAACUGGAGGACAAGUUCAUGGCCAAGCUCCCCAACGCUACGCUCGGCCAGGGCUACGGCAUGACAGAAGCCGGGCCGGUGCUCUCGAUGUGCCUCGCCUUCGCCAAGGAGCCAUUCCCGGUGAAGUCCGGGGCGUGCGGCACCGUCGUGAGGAACGCGGAGCUGAAGAUCGUCGACCCCGACACCGGCGCGUCGCUGGGCCACAACAAGCGCGGCGAGAUCUGCAUCAGAGGAGCCCAAAUCAUGAAAGGGUAUCUCAAUGAUCCAGAGGCGACGAGGAACACCAUAGACAAGGAAGGCUGGCUGCACACGGGGGACAUCGGCUUGGUGGACGACGACGACGAGAUCUUUAUCGUGGACAGGCUCAAGGAGCUCAUCAAGUACAAGGGGUUCCAGGUAGCCCCAGCUGAGCUCGAGGCCUUGCUCAUCACCCACCACGACAUUGCCGAUGCUGCCGUCGUUCCGAUGAAGGACGAACUCGCCGGGGAAGUCCCUGUGGCUUUCGUUGUGAGGUGCAAUGGGUCUCAGGUCACGGAGGAGGAGAUCAAGCAGUACGUCUCGAAGCAGGUGGUAUUCUACAAGAGGAUCAACAAGGUGUUCUUCACGGAGGCCAUUCCCAAGGCGCCAUCCGGCAAGAUACUGAGGAAGGAUCUUAGAGCGAAGCUAGCGAGCCCAUUCCCCUCCGCGUGAUCUCCAUCCUGCGGUGUUCUCGCGUCCUCCGCCUCCCACGUAAUUGGAGGAUAAGUCUCUGUAGUAUUCUUCUUCUUCUUCUUGCCGAAAUGCCCCAAGCGAAGGGAUCAAAGAGGUGUUUAGUGGUAUUCUUCGUGGGUUUUGGUCUCCCCAAGAAGCUAUAAAUAUGUAAUUGAUUUGUUUACAUUUGUUAGAUCGUGUGCUGUUCUGUUCUCAUACAA